UACAUACAUCAAAUCUCUUCUCACCGUCCAGGAAAUCAGCAAACGUCACAAAUCCUGCAACCACAAAAUAUUUCAAAAAUUUUUGAGCUUCAUAUUUGGAUUCAUGCCCAGUAUGUGGUCUUCCAUUUGUGAUUUGGAUGACUCAAAAACCACAUUCUGCGUCAAAGUUCGACUGGUCCGCUCCUACGGAAAUCCUUCAUUUACAAACAAAGAAGAAAUCGUUAGUUGGAAAUGCAUUCUUCAUGAUUUUCAAGGAGAUAGAAUUGAGGCUACCAUUCCCAAGAAUCUCAUUGCCACCUUGAGGGAUCAAUUGGUGAAAAGAUUGGUGUACAGAAUCAAAAAUUUCAAGGUUGUGCACAACACAAAGAAGAACAAGCUUACUACACACAAGUACAAGAUCAUACUAUGUGAAGACACAAAGAUACAUGAAUUAUUUGUUCAGAAUUUUCCAAUGAAAAGAUUUUCAUUCAAAUCAUUUGAGGAGGUUCAAAUAAAAGAUAACUUAUACAAUGGCUCAUUAUUUGAUAUCAUUGGAGUGUUGGUGCAUCCAGGGGAAGUACAAAUUCGGACAUCAUCUACUGGAGAACAAAAAAAACUAAUCGAGCUGACUCUUGAAGACACCGAGCUUGUGAAAGAAUCCAGUUUGAAUACUACUAAUAAUAGUAGUAUCUCACAAGGAGCAAAAUGCACUUUAAGCAAUGAUGAUCUCUUUGAAGGAAUGAACAACCUUAAGGCAAUUGAGGAUUUAUUAUUUGAUGAUGAGUCAGGAUGCUCUUGGAUUAUUGGUACUACUGAUCGCAUAUAUUGGGAUUAUGGUUGGUACUAUCUUUCUUGCAAAAGAUGUAUGAAGAAAAUGAUCAAAGAUGAACAUCAGUUCUAUUGUAAACAUUGCAGCGCACAUUAUGAAUCAGCCACUCUUAGGUAACUAUUUAUAAUCUUUAUUAAAUAUUUAGGAUUAACUUAUAUUAAUGUUCUGUUAUAAAUGUAUUGGACAAGUACAAAUUAAGGUUCAUGCGAAGGACGAUACUGGUAGAGCACAAUUUCUGCUUUGGGAUAGAGAGUGCAAGCAAGUUAUAGGAAAGGCUACUGCAGAAUUAUAAGUUAAUUCAGAGGAAGAAAAUGUGGAUGACUUUCCUAAUGAAAUCCCCAAAGCUUUGUUGGACCACAAGUUUUUGUUCAAGUUUUGGAUGAUAGU